GUUUAUUCCUUUGCCAUUCACCGCUGUUACCAACGUCAUUGCUCGAAGCAAGAGAGAGAAGCCUGUGUGUGUGUGCUUAGCUGUGCUCGUUGCCUAUUAAGAGAUCGUAAUGAGUGACAUUCCUAUUGAGUUCACGGAGCUCACCGACCUGACGUCGUUGGGCAUUAACCCACAGUCGUUGGAGUUCAGAUCAACCACCCUUGAGUCCGAUCACUAUGUCACUGUGCGUGAGACCGUGAACGGUGCCAACACCGUGGCCAUUGUGGACUUGAAGAACGGCAAUACCGUUACCAGAAAGAACAUGAGUGCUGAUAAUGCUAUCUUGCACCCUUCCCAGUUCAUCAUUUCUCUUAGAGCUAACGGUACCACGCUUCAAAUCUUCAACCUGUCCACAAAGGAGAAGCUGAAAUCAUUCAACAUGGGUGAGCCAGUGAUCUUUUGGAAAUGGUUGAACGACGAGCAGCUCGGUUUGGUGACCUCUACUGCAGUUUAUACUUGGAACAUCUUUGACGGUAACGUGUCUUCAGGCCCAGUUUUGUUGACUCAAAGACACGCAAACUUGAACAAUGCGCAAAUCAUCAACUUUGUCUGUAAUGUCAACUUUGAUUGGUUUGCCGUUGUCGGAAUCACCCAAGAAGAAGGACGUAUUGCUGGUAAGAUCCAAUUGUUCUCAAAACAGAGAAACGUCUCGCAAGCCAUUGAAGGACACGUUGCUGGAUUCAGUACCCUGCAAUUGGAUGGUGGUUCUUCACCAACACAGGUGUUCGUCUGUGGUAACAGAACUGCAACCGGAGGUCAAUUGCACAUCAUUGAGAUUGAUCACGAUGCAAACAACCCUCCAUUCCACAAGAAGAACGUUGACAUCUUCUUCCCACCUGAUGCUUCAAACGAUUUCCCAAUCUCUGUCCAGAUAUCAAAGAAGUACGGUGUCGUUUAUUUGCUCACAAAAUACGGUUUCAUCCACUUGUACGAUUUGGAGAGUGGCUCAAAUUUGUUUGUCAACAGAAUCACCGCAACGCCUGUCUUUAUUGCCUCUUCUUAUGACAGCAACAAUGGUAUCUUGGCUAUCAACAAGUCUGGUCAAGUUCUCGCUGUGGAGAUCGCCAAGGAUAAGCUUGUCCCAUAUAUCUUGAACAAGUUGAGUAACGUCUCUUUGGCCUUGUCCAUGGCUUCUAGAGGUGGAUUGCCAGGUGCUGAGAAUUUGUUCCUGCAGCAAUUUGAUAGCCUUCUCCAAAAUGGUGAUUAUGCUAACGCCGCUAAGGUGGCAGCAUCAUCUGAACAGUUGAGAACUCCACAAACUAUUCAAAAGUUGAAGAACAUUCAAGCUGCUCCAGGUGCUAUCUCUCCAAUCUUGCAAUACUUCUCUACACUUUUGGAUAAGGGUAAAUUGAACCAGUUCGAAACUAUUGAGCUAGCCAAGCCGGUGCUACAACAAGACAGAAAACAAUUGUUCGAGAAAUGGUUGAAGGAGGAUAAACUCACCUCAUCCGAGGAAUUGGGUGACAUUGUCAAACCAUUCGAUGUUCAAUUGGCAUUGGCAAUUUACUUGAGAUCUGAAACACAUGCUAAGGUCAUUUCAUGUUUGGCUGAGUUGGGUCAAUUUGACAAGAUUGUUCCUUAUUGUGAGAAGGUUGGUUUCCAACCAAACUUCAUCGUUUUGAUCUCAAACUUGUUGAGAACCAACCCAGACAAGGCCUCUGAAUUCGCCAUUAGUCUGUUGAACUCCCCAGCAACCGCUGGUCAAGUUGACGUUGAGAAGAUUGCUGAUAUUUUCUUCUCCCAAAACUACAUCCAACAAGGUACCUCCUUUUUGCUUGAUGCUUUGAAGGAAGACUCUCCAAACCAAGGUCACUUGCAAACUAGAGUCUUGGAGAUUAACUUAUUACAUGCCCCACAAGUUGCCGAUGCCAUCUUGGGUAAUGAUAUGUUCCAUCACUAUGAUAGAGCCACAAUUGCCCAAUUGGCUGAAAAGGCUGGUUUGCCACAAAGAGCUUUGGAGAACUACUCUGACAUCAAGGAUAUCAAGAGAGUCAUUGUCAACGCUCCAACUGUUCCAGCUGACUGGUUGGUUGCUUAUUUCGGUAAGUUGAACGUUGAUCAGACCAUGGUUGUUCUCAGAGAGCUCUUGGACAAGAACAUUGCUCAGAACUUGCAAAUUGUAAUUCAAGUCGCUACUAAGUACUCUGACUUGCUUGGCUCUGCUGGCCUUAUUAAGCUCUUUGAGGAUUUCAAGUGUUACGAAGGUUUGUACUACUAUUUGGCAUCUAUUGUCAACUUGACUGAGGACAAGGACGUUGUCUUUAAGUACAUCCAAUCUGCUGCUAAGCUUGGUCAAUUCAAAGAGAUUGAACGUAUUGUCAAAGACAACAACGUAUACGACCCUGAGAAAGUUAAGAACUUUUUGAAGGAUGCUGAGCUACAAGAUCAGCUGCCUUUGAUUAUUGUCUGCGACCGUUUCAACUACGUCCACGACUUGGUCUUGUACUUGUAUAAGCAUCAAUUCUUCAAGUUUAUUGAGGUUUACGUUCAGCAGGUUAACCCAUCAAAAACCCCACAAGUGGUUGCGGCUUUGUUGGAUGUUGACUGUGACGAAAGCGUUAUUCAAAACUUGAUCCAGUCUGUCAUCGGCCAGGUUCCAAUUGCUGAGUUGACUGCUGAAGUUGAAAAGAGAAACCGUUUGAAACUCUUGUUGCCAUUCCUUGAGGCCACUUUGAACUCUGGUGUUCAAGACCAAGCUGUCUUCAACACACUGGCCAAGAUUUACAUCGACUCUAACAAUAACCCUGAGAAGUUCUUGAAGGAGAAUGACAACUAUGAUACUCUGGAAGUUGGUCACUACUGUGAAAAGAGAGAUCCUUACUUGGCCUAUAUUGCCUAUGAGAAGGGCCACAAUGAUGAGGAGUUGAUCAGAAUUACCAAUGAAAACGCGAUGUACAAAUACCAAGCCAGAUAUUUGUUGCAAAGAUCUGAUCUCAACUUGUGGAACAGAGUUUUGACUUCUGACAACGUUCACAGAAGACAACUGGUUGACCAGGUUGUUGCCACUGCUGUACCAGAGGCUACUGAUCCAGAACCAGUUUCUUUGACCGUUAAGGCAUUCAUGGAUAACGAUUUGACCACUGAGCUUGUUGAAUUACUUGAAAAGAUCAUCUUGGAACCUUCCACUUUCAGUGAAAACCCGUCUUUGCAAGGUUUAUUGAUGGUUACUGCCAUUAAGGUUGAGCCAACCAAGGUUAUGUCUUACAUUGAGAAGCUGAACGAAUUUGACCCAGUUGAGAUUGGUGCUCUAUGUGUUGAAGCUCAAUUAUAUGAUGAAGCCUUUGAGAUCUAUGACAAGAACAAAUUGCACUCCAAGGCACUUGCCGUGUUGGUUGAGGAUGUUAUGUCUUUGGAUAGAGGUGAGUCAUAUGCUGAGAAGAUUGACACACCAGAGUUGUGGAGUCAAUUGGGUGCUGCCCAAUUGAACGGUUUGAGAAUCCCAGAAGCUAUUGAGUCUUACAUCAAGGCAAACGAUCCAUCCAACUAUGAGUCGGUCAUUGACAUUGCUGAUUCCGCUGGUAAAUACGAAGAAUUGGUCAAGUAUCUGUUGGCUGCUAGACAAACAUUGAAAGAGCCAAAGAUUGAUGGUGAGUUGAUCAUUUCGUACGCUGAAUUGGGCAAGCUUGAAGAGAUUGAAAAGUUUUUGAAUGGUUCCAAUGUUGCUGAUUUGAACGAGAUUGGUGAUAAGCUCUAUGAUAAGAAGGACUACAAGGCUGCCAAAUUGUUGUAUGCCUCAGUGUCCAACUACUCAAAGUUGGCAUCCACACUUGUUUAUUUGGACGACUAUCAAUCCGCUGUUGACUGUGCCAGAAAGGCAUCCAACGUUAAAGUGUGGAAGCAAGUUAAUGAUGCUUGCUUAGAGCACCAGGAGUUCCGCUUGGCACAGAUCUGUGGUUUGAACUUGAUUGUUCAUGCUGAGGAGUUGGAUGAGAUGGUUGAGAAGUAUGAGAGCUCUGGUCACUUUAACGAAUUGAUCUCUUUGUUCGAAGCCGGUUUAGGCUUGGAAAGAGCUCACAUGGGUAUGUUUACUGAGUUGGCGAUCUUGUACACUAAGUACAACCCAUCCAAGACCAUGGAACACUUGAAGUUGUUCUGGUCCAGAAUCAACAUUCCAAAGGUUAUCAGGGCUACGGAAAAUGCACACCUCUGGCCAGAAUUGAUCUUCUUGUAUGCACAUUACGAUGAAUGGGAUAACGCUGCCUUGACUAUGAUUGACAAAGCUGCCGCUGCGUUUGAUCACUCUUCAUUUAAGGACAUCAUUGUUAAAGUUGCCAACUUGGAGAUCUACUACAAGGCUAUCAACUUUUACGUUAACGAGCAUCCAUCUUUGAUUACUGAUUUGUUGUCUGUUUUAACUCCAAGAUUGGAUAUUCCAAGAACAGUGAGAAUCUUCCAAAAAUCUGAUAACUUGCCAUUGAUCAAACCAUUCUUGAUCUCUGUGUUGGAGAAGAACAACUCUGUUGUCAACUCUGCCUACCACGAUUUGCUUAUUGAGGAGGAAGACCAUGAGACUUUAGGUGCAACUGUUGAUGCACAUGAUAAGUUUGACUCCAUUGAUCUGGCUAGUAGAUUGGAGAAGCAUGACUUGAUCUUCUUUAGACAAAUUGCUGCUCGUUUGUAUAGAAACAACAAGAAGUGGAACAAGGCCUUGUCUAUUCUUAAAGCGGACCAAUUGUGGAAGGAUGCCAUUGAGACCGCUGCUAUUUCACAAUCUACCGAUGUAUCUGAAGAUUUGUUGUCAUACUUUGUUGAGACUGGUAACAACGAGGCCUUUGUUGGAUUGUUGUACACUGCUUAUGAUUUGAUCCGUUAUGACAAGGUUUUGGAAUUGGCAUGGUUACAUGAGUUGGGCGACUACAUUAAGCCAUACCAAAUUACUGUUGAGAGACAAAGAAGUGAGCAACUCUCCAAGUUGGUCAAGGAUUUGAAAGCCAGAGAAGAAGCAGAGGCUAAGAACUCGGAGCAGCCAACACUUGGCACUGAAAGAUUGAUGAUUACUAAUGGUAUUCAAGGAUUGGGUUACCAACCUACUGGGCAAGGUUUUGGUAACGCAUUCUAGAUGAGUCGUUAGAAGCUGUGUGUGACUAUUUUAGAAAAGCGAAAAUGAAAGAAGAGAACGACGUUUGAUUCGAUGUCGACUGACUUGUACAAAAUUUUGUGUUUCUGUUGACUAUACAGGUUAGAUUGAGUUGAUAAAGAUUUAAAAGUCUUGAGAAAUAUUUUGUAUUUGAAAAGAAGUAUAAUAUAUGAUUGCUUCAACUGAGCUAAGUCGUGGCAUACUGUUGUAGUGUCACGUCUAUGUGUUCCUCUUUGAGAUUCACAUCUAUACACCAAUUCUGGAGUUCCAUUACAGCAGACUGUACUGUGAUUUGUCGUACAAACUGCUGUGAUGGAAGACAGAAACAUCAACAAUAGUUUUGGAACUAUCGUGACUCUCAGGAGAAUGAAAUGCUGAGCACUGAGUUCAUUCAACGGCCAGGAUCGCCAUCAUGCUCGAGGAG